AGAGCUCACCUCACCGGAUGUGACGUCGUCGCCCCCUGCCUCUUGUGCAAAGGGAGUCCGGUUUAAUAUAACCGGGGUGGCCUCUUCUCGCUUUUAAACGUUAACAUAACGUUAAAACAUCGUUCACGCUUUAAAAUGCACGAGCUGCGGACUCGUUUGCAGUCUGACAACAACAACAACAACAACAACCGCCGCCAUCGCGUGCGAACCGGAUACUGCGAAGGAGUGUGAGUGACCGUCACGCAGCUGUCUGAAACCGAAGAUAACCGAGCUAUCCGCCGUUAGCCGGAGCUGGACAGGCUCUGCUUUGCCGUAUUAUUAUUUUUUGACGCACAUUGCACAGGUACCGACCUCUGUAGACGGCAACUGGACCGGCAGAACGAACCCGGGACUCUGACAUGGACAAAGACGAAGCAGACCGGCUGAUAGAGAAGGCGAAGCUGUGUUUACGGUCCGGGUGGAAAGAUCGAGCGCUGCAGCUGCUAUAUGAAGCCCAGAAAAUUUACCCCAGCACCCGGGCCAGAGUGCUAAUAGAUGCCAUAUUAAGGAAUGGAGGUACCAGUGCGUCAGAGGCGAACCACGUGCCCCCGCCGACAGGCUGGAGAGACGAGGACAUUGGACACAGUGAAACGAGUAACGCGAGUGGUGACGAGAAGAAGAGCUACACUGAGGAUCAGCGGCAGGGUGUUCUCAGGAUAAAGAAUUGCAAAGACUUUUAUGAAAUCCUUAGCGUUCCCAAAAACGCCAGCGAUGAGGAUUUGAAGAAGGCGUACAGGAAGUUGGCCCUCAAGUUUCACCCCGACAAGAACUUUGCUCCAGGAGCCACUGAUGCUUUCAAAGCGAUAGGCAACGCUUAUGCAGUACUCAGCAGUCCAGAGAAGAGGCAGCAGUAUGAUCAAUAUGGAGAUCAAGCCGCAUCUGUGAACACACCCCAACAAUCCAGCCACAGUCGCCAUGGAUACCACCGAAAUUUCCACAGAGACUUCGAGGCCGACAUAUCCCCCGAAGAACUCUUUAACAUCUUCUUUGGAGGAAGGUUUCCCACAGGAAAUAUCCACGUGUACACCCACCAGGGAGCCUCCUACUCUCAGUUCUAUCAGCCUCGUCGUCGACGUGCCUAUGAGAGGCGUGAGGAGGUGGUGGAAGAAAACCAGAGUCAGAAUACCUUCACAGCGUUCCUGCAGCUUCUCCCCGUGCUGGUGCUAAUCCUCAUAUCAGUGUUUACUCAGAUGAUGGCCACUAACCCUCCCUACAGUCUCUUCUAUAAGCCGGCCAUGGGGUUAGUGGUGUCCAGGGAAACGCAGCACAUGGGCGUGCCGUACUACGUGGAUAAAAGUUUCGAGAAGGAGUACCGCGGAUCAGCGCUGGGCGAGCUGGAGAAAACCAUAGAGAGCGACUACAUCGAACACCUACAGAACAGCUGCUGGAAGGAGAAACAGCAAAAAUCGGACUUGGCAAACUUAGGACAACUGUACCGAGACGAACGGCUAAAGCAGAAGGCGGAGUCAAUGAGGUUGGACAACUGUGAUAAACUGCAUCGAUUGGUCGGCCGUCAGAGAGGCAAAUGAGGACUGUUUGAGAGAGGAGAACGCAGCUUCCUGACUGACUUUACACUAAUGUAUUUAUUGGAAGUGUCAUUUAUCCAAUCUGGCCACUUUGUGAAAGAUGUCUUUUAGAUACAGCGCAGGCAGUGGGAGAUUAUGCACUGGGAAACAAUGUGCCUUCUCUCCUCUUCGAUGGUAGAAAAAUAAGAGUUGCGUGUUUGCUGCCAAACCUGGCGGCAGCAUCAAGUGCGAGCUCACUGCGGCAGUGCGUAUUCAUGUGUCAGAGCCGUUAAACUUUCUUAUAGAAAUGGCAUUACAUACAGGGUUUCCCUUUGGGGUUCUGGAAGCAGUUGUAUGUUCAUACAUACAUGUUUAGGUUUUGUCGUUAUUUAUUUUCUUGAAUGUUUCCGUGUCCUCGCAGACGUUUCCGCUGUAUUUAUUUAAUAGUUAGUAGAGUGAAUGUUACUGAAGCAACUUGGCUCAUCAUUUUUCUGUAGGAACUAAUUAAAUAGGAAUAAUAAAUAAUAUUGUUGAGUUUGGACAAAUCAGAGCGCAUCUGUACAGUGAAUUGACCUUUGACAUAGGAGAAACCAACAUUAGGGACUUGGUUAAACUGUGCAGCACCACAGCAUUCACAGUAGAGUCAAAAAACAUUUUCUGAUUAACGUUCUUAUUAUUAUUGACAAAAAAUUAGCGCUCUCCUACAGCAGAGCACUGCUUGCAUAGGUUUUUAUGACAUUCAUGAAGCUUCCACCGUUCAGGAGCCAGGAUAUGUUUGAGGUUUAAGCGUGAAUGAAGGCCACGUUGAGAAGUCAUUUUCAUUCGUCACGAGCAGGGAGUCAGUCAAAAAGCCCAUUCGCUCAUUCGUGUUCUGUAACCAUGAGGCAUGCAAUACUUUGUAAACCUUCCUAAACUGCACAAGCUUCAGUUGUUUUGUUCUCAGAAAACUGCUCUUUGACCCACAUUUUGACACUUUUUAAUAAAUCCUGUAACUUUGAAUCUGUACUAAUGUUUUAUAAAGACAUUUUGUUUUGAAAAUCUUAAACAAAUCUAAUAGUUCUAUUUCUAUUUCUCCCACAGCUAAAAACCAGAGUUGUGACUUUUUCUUGGCAUGAGCAGGAUGACUUUCUGUGGAGUUAACUUUAAUUCUUUAUACCAGCUGGAGAUCAAUCAAACCCUAUCCUAUACACACAUCUUAUUCUUGUUGCUGUGCACUAAGACUGCCUAACUGCCUUAGCUGUUCUACUUUUGUGAAAUAUUCAGGUUCAUCUCAAGCACUUUUAAGUUCACGUUUAACCCUGUGUUCCAUAUCGUUACUGUUGCAUGCACCCUCGUGAGAGUUUGUUUAUUAGUUACAUGUUUAUUUUGUGUGAACACAUUUUCAUGACUACUGACACUAAAUAAUUAGAAUAUUCAGGACUGCUCUGUAACUAACAAUCAUGUCAAGCCUUUACUGUGAUCCACAAAAAUCAGGUUUUGGUAUCAGUCGGUGUGGUAGUACACUUCAGCAACAUGUUUUCAGCCAAAAAAUACUCUCAAAUUAAAGAUCUAAGUCAAUGUGUUUGGGCCUGUGUGAUUUAUUCAUUUGCGGUUUGACUCUUGUCAUGUUGCAAGUUGAGUACCAUCAUUAGAAGACUACAUAUUCAAUUUAUGUAGGUUGAUAAUCACAAACUGGUCUUAAAGUCUCUUUAUUUCAGGGUGGUCAGGCACCGACACUGAGAGUGAACAUCAAAUAUUUGGAUUAUUGGAACUGGAAAAAACUUUUAAAAUAUCACAACAAAAAGCUGAGCUUUAACCAAACAUAUUUACUGAGCCACUCACUACUACACUACCACACAUACAGUAAAGCAUGAACAUUUCUGUACAUUUUAACAUGUUUAAGGAGAGAAUCAGACAGGUCAUAAAUGCUGGUCUAAAGAUGUCUGACUUAUUUCAAGGACUAGAUGUACAACUUAAGAUAUUAUCUUAGAAACGGUAAUGUAUAUCCUUCAAGUUGUCAAACUAAAAUACUUUUAACAGAAAUACAAAAAAACACUUCAUCCUUUCACUUUGCAGCGUCUGUGGAGGUGGUCAGAAUGAAAACGUGAGCACUGUAUCUGCACGGGUAAAGUGGUGUUUAUGAGUUGGCUCUGGUUCUCUAAAAGCUAUGAAUGGGUGUAACUGAUUGUUGGUAUUGAUUGAUUAUGAUAACACUGAAAAUGGCUUAACAAAUGCAAAAAUCUUCAUCACUGGUCUUCUACCAGAGUGAAAUGCUCGCAGAACUUUUAACAGUUUGGUGCCAUGUGGACACUACAGUCUACCGUUCCUGAGAAAUCUUGUUUUUCCUUACAUCAGUGUCAUGAGUUAGGUAAAGCAGACUUUCAUUUAAAAAAAAAAAAAAAAAAAGGAUAUGUAAUGCCGGCUAUUUAAAUCCCCCAUAGAAAGAUCUGGCGCCCUGGUAGCUCACCUGGUAGAGCGUGUACUCCGUGUACACGGACUCAGCCCUUACUGCUGCAGCCUCAGUUCAAUUCCAACAUGUGGCCCUUUGCUGUAUGUCCUCAUCUCUCCCUCUCCAACUUCCUGUCACUUCUCUUCAGCUGCCACGAUCAAAUAAAGGCACAACAACCCUAAAAAAUAAUCUUAAAAAAAAUUACAUAAUGGGUUGAGGGCUCUUUAUUAAGUCCACAAAACAGUUGAUUAACAUGAUGUUUUAAAAAAUACUGAAACCGAUGUAGAAUACGGAUGUAGGUACUGGUUCAUAGGAAGUGAAGUAACUCAUCACAAACAAUACAGCCAUAUUUAAAAGUGAUCUAAAAGUUGAAACAAUCAAAAACUGAUUUCAUACCAGCCAUGAGAAUAUUUCUGAAAUGAACAUGGUCCUCUGAUCAUGGGAUUACACAGUAUGUAAUCCAUCUCUGCAUGGCUGUCUCACAAGAAAUGAGCUGCUCCGCAUUACAGGCUACCGUUUAUUGUGGAGCGCGGGUGAAGACGUUGUACCGUAUGCAGGGUGAGAAUCUGUCCAAAUGACAGAGAAUAUGUUCAGUCUCGCAGCUCUGGGAACACUGGCGAAUCGUUUUCAUACAGUAUGGUCAUUUCUUCAUCUUGAGGUCGGCUUCUAUGGCACAACGGCGACCUCUAGUGCCACCAUC